AUGGCUCUUUCUGAGACGUGGGUACAGUUUGUAAUGGCCGCCACACUUCCCUGCUCCACAGACCAGGCCAGCAUCCAGGUCGCCGCCCUGCCUGGCACUGACGGCUGUCUGGCCUCCCCGAGGGUCCCUGCAGGACUGGACGCGGCGUGUGCUGGCAGGAGUGGUGUUGCGGUGGAGGUCGUGAGGCCAGGCAGCAGCAUGAGCGGCUGGCGGCGGCGGCAACAGCAGCAGCCAGCCUCAGGUGUGGGGAGGCACAGGUGUGGUGGCAAGAAUCACCUGGAGGCAGGCAGCUCUGUCCACAGAGGAGAGAGCAAGUUUGAGUGCCAGCAGUGUGACAAAACUUUUGUAUCCAGACAAGGCCUUAAGUACCACACCCUGACACACAGUGGUGUUAGAAAUUAUGAGUGUGGUGAGUGUGGGAAGAAAUUUACCCACAGGGGUAACCUCACCAGACACACCCUGACACACAGUGGUGUUAGAAAUUAUGAGUGUGAUGAGUGUGGGAAGAAAUUUACCCACAAGUCUUACUUCACCAAACACACCCUGACACACAGUGGUGUUAGAAAUUAUGAGUGUGAUGAGUGUGGGAAGAAAUUUAUCCGCAAGUCUUACCUCACCACACACACCCUGACACACAGUGGUGUUAGAAAUUAUGAGUGUGAUGAGUGUGGGAAGAAAUUUACCCAAAAGUCUUCCCUCAACACACACACCCUGACACACAGUGGUGUUAGAAAUUAUGAGUGUGAUGAGUGUGGGAAGAAAUUUACCCACAAGUCUUACUUCACCAAACACACCCUGACACACAGUGGUGUUAGAAAUUAUGAGUGUGAUGAGUGUGGGAAGAAAUUUACCCACAAGGGUAACCUCACCAGACACACCCUGACACACAGUGGUGUUAGAAAUUAUGAGUGUGAUGAGUGUGGCAAAAGAUUUACCACCAUUUCUCAUCUCAAUCAACACGCCUUCAGACACACUGGGGUGAGGGAGUUCGAGUGUGAUGUUUGUGGCAAGUGUUUCAAGACAAAGGGUGAUAUUGCCAAGCACGUGAAGAUCCACUUCUGAGGUGGUGGUGUGUGGACACAUGGGGCCACACCUGUACCUGUGGUGGUGGUGGUGGUGGCCGUGCCUGUGUGUGCUGUGAGGGAGUCAUGACCACAGCAGUUUUGUGUGGUGGUGGUGGUGGUGGUGUGGGGGGAGUCAUUGCCCCAGCAGUU